AUGUUUGAAACGGGGGAUAUAUCCGGUUGGCCGUCAGACCUGAUCUUGGGCGAUUAUGACCACGCAAUUGCCGAUUUCUUCGAUGGCCGAUUCAUGUUCGAGCUAUCAGGUUCUGAUGAAGAAUCGAUGGAAACACUCUUGAACGAACAUCUGAUGGCGACCCUUGCAGGAACCGCACUUGUUUCGGCAAACUACUACGUUCUGAAGGGAGCUCACACCACCAGCGAUUGUGCCGAUGUCACCAGCGGCAUUGUGAUUGACGGAUUCUGCUACACGCUCGAAUAUCCAGGCGCGGGUUGGUCUCUCGCGGAUGAGAACGAUAUGUCGGAUCCGAUUGCCAGUGACGACUUGGAUAAGUUGACGGGAUCAUAUUCUGUCACAUUGAAGGACCUGUACAGCAGUUCUGAAACUUGCCAAAACAACAGGAACGGGUACGGCGGCACCAUGUCUACCGACGUGGUGACUUCAGUCCUCACUACGGAGAUUCCUGCCUGCUUCUACAAUCUGCCCGUGUUUACAGUGGAGGCGUCGGAUGUGGGCGCGGUUGCGUCGCCGUGUCUUAUCUUGUCCAACAAUGAAACAGCCAGUGAGACCGAAGUUGGAGUGACCUUCAUGCCAUCCAAUUUGGCUGAUAUUUUCACCGACGAUUUCUGCUACUGUUCGGGUGGUAACAGAGAAUGCAGUGAAUGA